GGGGACACAUGCAGUGGGUCUCACUUUGCCAAUUCGGUGUGAACGAGCGUGCAGUAGACAAACAAAGAAACGCACAUACCAUCAGCUGGCUGACACGCAGUCUACGUUACUCACUCUUCCAUUGUCACAUCUUUGAAUGGCUCGUCAGGGGUGUGACCAUCGCUGUUUACGGCCACGGCAGCUGGGGGCACUGUGGCGGUCUCUGCCGCCGCGGCAGCAUCUCCCUCCUUACGUGCUGCGGGCUCUGGCUCCUCGGCGGGCUGCUGCUGCUCCUCUUGGGCGGGGAGCGCCCAGGUGUAGUUGGCGGCUUGACGGGGGUGCUGAUGCAUAUUAAAGAAGGCGUUGAUGUAGCUCUGCACAGAUACACACAUACGUGUACGGAGUUCUCUGGCAGGGGUGGGUCAGUGAUUGCGUAUUACCGUGCCUUUGUAGUGGAUGGGGCCGUACUCGAGAACCUCGGUGAAGAAGUAGGAAGUCUGCGGUUGACACACAAACAACAUACAUACCGCCGACGGACGCACACCAGGACGGAUGUGUGUAUGGAUGUCUCGUGCUGGCUGUCUGGCCGUCUGUGUGGACCGACCGUCACAGUGCUGAGGACAGCUCCUGGGACAUCCAUCCAUCCACCCAGCCACCCACCCACGACACAAACAAGAGGAGACACAGCCACAGACGGAAGACAGACAUAUGAUGCUUGCUGUAGGGACAUGCAUGUACAUGUUCUCGGGCACUCAUUCUUCACUCACCUGCGGGCCAUCCCAGCAGAUCUCCGUCGACCUUGUCCCCGGUCACGUCGUUGACGAGGUUAUCGCGGAAGGUCAUGGCGGGACCACUGUUGUCAAAACCAUACGCUGCAGAGGGACACAUGUACACAGAUAGCCACAAGCACGCGGUGUUCUCCCACCCAUCCGUUGUCCACCGACCGACCUUGCAGCAAGCUCGAGACGAACAUGGCCUGAUCGAAGGAGUGAACAAAACAUCAGCCUCACGUGUGGUGUGUGGGGAGGGGGCAGGUGUUCGUGUACCUUGAAGCAUGCAAAGUAGUUGAAUGGAUUGAGCUUCAUGGACUGGUUGUUCUCCGGGUUGACCCACAUAUGGCCGUCCCUCAGCACCAGGUUGCACAUCUUGGGCGCCCUCUCCUUGAAGUGGGGGAAGUUGUUUUCGAGGUCGUCCUGCCCUGUCUCAACCGCUGGCAGGAUAUCGGGUUUGGAGAAAUCGGCCACUCCGGCGGCCUCCAUUUCUCCCGCCAGGUAGCCUAUCACGUUGCCCGUCUUCUGUAUGUUGAAACGGACAUUUCGUGCUAUCUGACAACCACACACAUCACAUGCCACUCACACAACUUGUGCUCGCAGGGCACGGAGGUUCGCUUUGCUUUGCUUGCCGUGAUUUUCUCUUUGAUGUCUCGUGGUAUGGGGUAUGCGAUGCCGCCGUUGGAUGGCAGGGUGUUUUGCAUCAGGAACGUGUCGAUGAGGGUCUUGCACUCGCGGUUUGUUCUCUUCACCUCAUCGGGCGCAAGAUCCGACCUCACCGCCCCCACCAGCUGACCGACCAUAUCAGAAAAAGGAAGUUUGCACGUGGCUACAAUCAGAAUGUGUCUCACACUGUCCUUCUGUCUGAUUGCGCGUGUGUGUGUGUCUCCAUCCAUCCAUCCAUGUAUGCGUGCAUGCCUUGGUGCAGGGGAUAUCUUCCGCGCUUGGAAUCCUGCGAGGUAGGUGUGUGUCACACACGGGAAAUCCUUGAUUUUUCCUUAAAUUGCUCCGACUACCUGAUCUUGUAGUCGUCGGACUGUAGGUCGGUAACAUCGAAGCCCAGCCGCUUGCAGGCACUAGAGGUCCCUUCCUGGUAGUGUCUCCACAGAACUCCUGCAGCCCGAUGAGCUCGUUGUCGUUGGCGUCUACCACCUUGUAGCGGCCGCCCGACUUCUCGAAGGUGACGUCCCCGGCUGCACACGGCUGCUCCCAAUCUGCACGCGAAUACACACACACACACGCACACACACACACACACACAAUGCAGGGAGGCAUCCACGUCUAUCGCUUGGCCUACUUUCGUUGAAGCAUGGGUGUACGCACACUUCCUUGUUCGGCCCCUGUCGGAAUUUCAUGUUCGAACAGGCCACCUUGAUCACAAUGGCACGCGCACGGUUGAUGCUGCGAGACAGCCAGCGACACAGACAGCCAAGAGUGCAGCCAUGGAUCGAUUCAAGACACACACACAGCACACGGCGCCACACUGGUGACUGACUGACUGACUGACCCACCCGAGGUUCAUGAAGGAUGUGGCGAAGAUUGGAAUGUCCUCUCUCAGGUAGGGCACCAUGGCGUUCCGUCGAUCGACGCCGCGGUUGACGUAUCCUGUGUCCAGCAGACCUUGGUGGAUGGACGAGCGCUGGCCUGUGUAGGGGAACGCUAUCUGCGCACUGGCACCACCGAUCUCCAUCAUACCCACCUGCGCACCGCAUCCACGCAGAGACACGCAGGCACAAUGAAUGGACAGUGAGCCAGCGACUGGCUGACCGACCGACCGACCGGCUGGAGAUUGGCGGGCAUGGUGAUCUUGCGGUCAUUUUCGACGAACGGAGAUGACUCGAAGAGCCAGUCGCUGAAGGCCGGCAGGGGUGAGUGUGUCUUCUUGCUGCCUUUCAGCCCGCUCAUGAUCUCCUUGGCGGCGAGCUUCCACCCGGUCCCGGCGCUGUUCGCGGGGCUGUACUUGUAUUGGCAGGGGGAGGUCGAGCCGCGACAGGCCCACUUGAGCAGCUCGCCGAUGAACAGGUUGACGGCAAGGAACGCAUACACUGCCUCCUGGCAGGUACACAGACACAGAGAUACUGCCGCUGUCUGUCUCUAAGUCAAUCACUUGUUUACCUCUGAUCCAGACACCCGACGGCCAGUGGACCUGAACAGGAAGCAAAGCAAAACAAAGCUCUUUGACAAUGAGUGAGUCCAUCCAUCGGGCUGACUGACUGACUGACGGACUCGGUGCAGAAAAGGUUGAUGCCCUUCAGGCUUGCAUAUUUGUUGAUGACGCUUCGCGCGGCCGAGAAGAUCCGCUUGGAUAUGUCAGAGGGCAGAUCACGGACACCUGCACUCAGUCAUGCACUCGAUCAUUCGCUCGUUGACGGCAGUGGAGACAGACACACGAAGAGAGACAGACAGAGCGAGAGGCUUGUGACUGAGUGGCUGACCUGCUGUUGCGAAGAUCAUGACAGGAAUGUCUGUGAAUGUUGGAAUCGGCCUCUCAACAGGAAGUAUCGGCUGCACCCACCGACCCCACCCACUCGUGUAUCAGACCACAUAUGUAUGCAUGUAUGAAUGGACAUGUAUGCAUCUUGUGUAAUCCAUACCUUGCUCACGACCUUUUCCAUAAGGUCAACGAUUUUGGUAAGGAAGCUGUCGAGGUAGUCCUGCAGCACCUUCUCGUCCCUUUCGGUGUGCCACACUGCCCCGUCAGCGGAUACCAACGGUUUCUCGGCCAGAUCGGCGUUCGUCUCAAAAAACUUGCGGAUCCCCUGCGGUGUCCUGAUGUCCUCCCCGGGGUCGAUCGGCUCCAGAGUGUCCCACAGAACUUUGCGGCCCUCGAAAUCCGCACCUGCAGGCAACAACCAGUCGAGCCGAUUUGGACGACAUGCAGGCAGCGAGAGACACAAAUGUACGCGAGUACAUAGUAACGUAUAAUGCCGAUCAUGCAGCGCACAACAAGUAAGUACCUGAGAUGAGAUGUUGUGUGUUGGUGCAUGUCUCGGACAGCGCCUUGAAGAAGAAUGCCGCCGUCUUGCUGGAACCGGCGUCGAGCACCACGAAGUAGUGGCGGGCAAUGUGGCAGCCGUGACGGGAACCGACGUGCUGAUAGCUAUAAGAGGGAUCCCGAUCGGAAUAUAUACUCGGAACAUAUACUUGAUUGGAACGCAGGGCCAUCCCGGAAGGAGAAAGCGUUGGUGCCUCUGCGUUGGCAAAUUGUGCUUCUGCUGCUUCGGGGGGCGGCGUAUUGAUGCUGAAAGCGACUGCAGAUGAGUCGGGGGAGGAGAGAGCUACCACCGCAAGCAGCACAGACGGAAAGGCUCUCUGCUGCUUCAUCAUGGCCAUUGCAGUGACAGGUGACACGGCCGUCUCGAUUCCCGCGGUUUCACGUAAGUCUGCCGGCAGGGCCGUCCAUCAGGCCGUCACACCAGCGGCAGCGACACUCGCUGUUGUCUGAGAGACG